GCUCUCAACCACGUUCACCACCACCGGGCUGUUCACAGGGACAUCAAGAGCCCCAACGUGAUGCUCACCAAGAAGGGGAACAUCAAACUCAUCGAUUUCGGACACUGCUGGGACCUGGACCCACAGACAGGGAAGUGCAACGAGGGUGAUGGGACUGCGCACUGGAUGGCACCCGAGACCUUUAGGAGGAAGGACAGGAAACCGGAAUAUGACACCAAAGUAUGUUGUAGAAGUAGUAGCAGGACCCAAUGGCUUUUAUGUCUCUGCACAAAUGGGUGCUCUAUUCAGUAAAGGCCAGUUAAACAUGGGCCAUUUCUUCUAUCAGUACUAAGCGGCUGAGUUCUAAUUGUUUCUGUGUUUUCUAUUCAUUGUAUGCAAACACGUUAGAACCCCCGGUAAUAAGUAACUGACUCACCCGCUAACCCAAUUCUAUCCUAAUGCUCUUUGGUGUCUUCUUUUCCAGUGUGACAUCUGGUCCCUGGGAAUCACUGCCAUCGAAAUGGCCGAGGGAAAAACACCAUACGCCGAUCAGAAGCUAGUGUCGGACCUGAUCAUCAACAACGACCCUCCACGACUCAAAUCAAGGACCUGGUCACAACAUUUUGUGUCCUUUUUGAAGUCGUGCCUUGAGAAGGAUCCUUCCCAGAGAUGGAGUGCGAAAGAACUACUGCAGCACCCAUUCAUUGCUGAACUGCCCCCUGCGAAGACCAUCAGGGCUGAAAUUGAGGAGCACCUUCGGGCUGUGCAGAACCGGCCGGCCGAACAAGGAUUGAGAGUAGCUCGCUGGGCCAGGAAACAUCUUCAGCGGGCCAGGGAACAUCUACGCGGGGCCAGGGAACAUAUACGCGGGACCAUGGAACAUCUCUGGCUUCGCUGGGCCAUGGAACAUCUAGGGCAAGCCAGGAAACAUUUACGCGGGGCCAUGGAACAUCUACGGCCUCGCUGGGCCAUGGAACAUCUACGGCCUCGCUGGGCCAUGAAACAUCUACGGCCUUGCUGGGCCAUGGAACAUCUACGGCGAGCCUGUGACUUCUGCGCAACUGAAACAUCGGCAGAACAGAAGGAGGCUCAGCAAAUGGCCCUGGAGGGUUUUGCCUGAGUGUCAUCCUGUGGCCAAUAACAUCAAGUGCCCAGGGUGAGUCUCCUGAUUAACAUCCAAGGAAAAAAUGUAAGCACUAUGUUUUUGCCAGGUCAGCACAUCUGCAGCUCCCUCAACAUGUAGCUACCGCAGGUCCAACAGUAGUGUCUCCUUUUAAAAAUGACUGCAACUCCACCAGCAGUCUCUGAAUUUAACAUCUAUAUUUCAAAUUACCAACAGUGGUGUCCACUUUUGAGUUUUGCAGCUCCACAAGUUGGAUUCUUACUUUUAACACCUCCAACAGUGGCACCUACUUCUUUUUAUUCACCUUUGGCUCCACCACCAGCCUCUAUUUCUCAUUCUGCUGCACCUCAUGCUAAUGCGCCCCUAGUAUUUACAGCACCAUCAGCAUUACAUAUAUCACCUACCUCAGCUCAAACAGGGUUUUAUUUCAGAAAUCCACCAUCAUUGUCUGUUUUACUAACAGCAGCGCCAUCAUCGUCAUUAGCUCAUUUUCAGAUUAUCGCAGCUCCACCAGUGGUAUCUUGCCUUCAACAGCUGCAUAUCAGACAACACAGUUUAAAAGUAAUAUUUUUUCCCCCAAUAGUUCCUUCUCUUCAAAACAGCUUUUGACACCUUCUCAUUGACAUUUUAACCACCUUACAGCACCCACCAAAAUUGAUGCCCCUUAAAAUGAUUAUCUUUUCAACUGCCCAACACUGCUACAGUGCCCCCACAGGUGCCUCCUCUUCUCCCCUUAGUAGAAGUUGAUCCAGGGACUUGUCCGAUUGCCCUUUUGGGAGUCAGGAAGGAAUUUUUACCCCUCUGAGGCAAAUUGGCUCCGGCUUCAGAUGAGGGUUUUUCGCCUUCUUCUGGACCAACUAGUAAAUAGGCCUUUCCAACUUAAAUUACAUGAGUCUUUUCCAACUUAAAUUAAGAUACAUGAAUCUAAAAUAUACCAAAAUAACAUCUUUUUUAUAAAUAAAUAUUGAAUACAUUUUA